AUGGAAGUCGAAGGCACGAUAGAACUGCCAGCGGAGGCAAAUCCAUUGACGGAGGGGAUUCUCUACCAUGUUCUCCGCUCCGCUGCCUCGAAUGAUCCCCAGCAGAUUCAGACCGGAACCAAGCAGCUCCAAAAAUGGGAGACAGAAAAGGGAUUCUACAGCCUCUUACAGUCCGUCUUUCUAGACAAGUCUCUUCCUCUGGAAGUCCGAUACCUAUCUAUCAUCCAACUCAAAAACGGCAUCGAUAAGUACUGGAGAAAGACUGCUACGAAUGCCGUCAGCAAAGAAGAGAAGGAAGUCAUAAGAUCACGGUUGCUCGACGCUGGCAAAGACGAAGCGGACCACCGUCUGGCUUUGCAAAAUGCUCUGGUCAUAGCGAAGAUCGUCCGGUUCGAGUUCCCUAAUGACUGGCCGGAUGUCUUCACGAAGCUCAUUGAUAUCCUGCGUGUUUCGGCGAGCCCGAACGCUAACCGUCUCAACCUGCCACGAACGCUGCUCAUACUCUUACACAUAGUCAAAGAGCUAUCAACCGGCCGAUUAAUCCGAACAAGGGCGAAUCUUCAAUCUGUGACGCCAGAGCUGCUCCAUGCGGUGGCAUCCAUCUACGUAAGCAAAGUGCAAACAUGGCAAGCCUUCAUGCAGGGCGGGGGCGACGAUGAAGGCGGUGCACUGGAAGCCAUCGAACAGAGUCUGCUGGCUAUCAAGGUGUUGCGGCGCCUGGUUAUCGCCGGUUAUGAACACCCGAACCGCGAAAAGGACGUGCAAGAACUGUGGACGUUAUCACAAAGCCAACUGAGCGACUUUCUGGGCCUCAUCUCACAGGUGCAAGAGGACAUACUAUCUCCGAAGGUCCGCCAGCUCAUCGAAAAGCACCUCAUGCAGCUGGCGAAGCUCCACCUUGAAAUGGCGCGAACGCAUCCGGCGGCAUUUGUGCUCCUACCGAAUUCAGUAGACCUAGUGCGAUCCUACUGGAGCAUCAUAAAGAGGUUUGGGGAUACGUUCAACUCAAAAUCGUCUGGUGAAGACACUAAGAUCGUUUCCAAUGGCGGUGCUGUUGAGGAGGAAGCCCCUAUUUUGGAACGCCUCACUCUCAAAGGCCUGCUCACUAUACGCGCCUGCAUCAAGAUGGUCUUCAAUCCCACUCAAACGUUUAAGUAUCGACGUCCGGAAGAAAAGGAGGAGAAGGCACAAGCGGCGGAGAUCCUGAAGACCCAAUUGUUUGUGGAUUCUUUCGUGAUUGAGAUGAUGGAGGUAACAGUCUCCCGUUUCUUCGUCUUCCGUCCCAGUGACCUGCGCCAGUGGGAAGAAGAGCCAGAGGAGUGGGAGGUCCGCGAGGAAGGAGAGGGCGACAGCUUCGAGUUCUCGGUUCGACCGUGCUCGGAGAAACUGUUUAUGGAUCUAGCAAUCAACUACAAGGAUCUUGUUGUUCAACCGCUGCUGAACGUGUUCUAUUCCGUUGCCUCACCCGACGUUGACAACGUCCUCUUCAAAGACUCCGUCUACACAGCUAUCGGCCUCGCAGCAGCCGUCCUGCAUCAGCACCUUGACUUCGACGCCUUCCUCUCAUCCACCCUCGUCCCCGAAGUACAGAAGCAGCAAACCGGUUACAACAUACUCCGCCGCCGCAUCGCAAUCCUCCUAGGCCAGUGGAUCACGAUCAGAGUAUCCGAGCAGUCAAGGCCGCUAGUCUAUCAAAUUUUCCAGCACCUACUGGACAAAAAUGAUCCGCUCAAUGACCAGGUCGUUCGCGUUACUGCCGGCAAGCAGUUCAAGAACAUCGCCGAUGAUUGGGAGUUCCGGGCUGAGCAGUUUAUGCCGUACGCGGAUGAAACCUUGGCUAGGCUUAUGGCGCUUAUUGAGGAGGUGGAGCUUACAGAGACAAAGAUGGCGCUGUUGAAUACGAUCAGUGUUGUUGUUGAGAGGUUGGAGCAUCAUAUCACCCCCUUCGCCUCCCGCAUCGUCUCCCUCCUGCCGCCACUGUGGGAGCAAUCCGGCUCAGAGCACCUAAUGAAACAAGCCAUCCUCACUAUCCUCUCCCGCCUCAUCAACGCAAUGAAAGCCGAGUCUCGCCCAUAUCAUUCUAUGGUCCUCCCUAUCAUCAAAGGCGCCGUGGAACCAGGUUCAGAGACCCAGCUCUACCUCCUCGAAGACGCUUUGGAUCUUUGGCACUCGAUCCUCUGCCAAACCGUGUCCAGCGACGAAGCAGCCAAAGCAGAGCUACUGGCCUUGACACCGCAUCUACUCCAUACUUUGUCUUUGGGGACUGACACCCUCCGCAAAGCGCUCGAGAUCGCAGAGAGCUACAUCCUUCUCGCACCGCAGCAGCUCCUAGCCGACUCUUCCUUCCGCUCCUCGCUGCUUAGCCAGCUCGCGGAGCUGCUUGGCACACUGAGACCAGACGCGAAUGGCCUGCUCACCCACCUCGUAGAGAUCUUCGUGCGGGCGUCCGAAGGCGUCGGCGGCCAAGAGGGCGUACGCGUUGUCGUUGGCGACAUGGUAUCCACCGGCUUCUUCGCGAAACUUAUCAGUGGGCUCCGAGAGGCAUGGGAGGCGCAUCAAACUACCGGCCCUAAACGCAAAGACCCACCCGUCGACGGUAUCGUAGAAACAGACUACUUCUCUGUGGUGGCACGAGUUGCAUUCUCGUCGCCUUCCCUGCUGCUAGAGGCGCUCUCGGCGCUCUCCCAGCUCCCCAACCCGCCGGCGGGCGCGGAAGGAAGCGUGAAAGCAACGAUGAAGUGGCUGCUGGAAGAGUGGUUCAGCCAUCUCGAGAACAUCGGGGAUCCGGGGCGCAGAAAGCUGAUGUCUCUUGCGCUGACGAAGCUGCUCGAUACGAAUGCGCCGUGGAUUUUGGGCCGGCUGCAGGAGCUCAUGAGUCUGUGGACGGACGUGGUGACAGAGCUGACGGAGGGAGGGGAUGACAAGCAUGUUGACUCCCUCGUCUACGGCCCCAUGCCUACAACCACAACAACACCCCACGGUGACCCCGAAUCUCCCGAGGACCUCCGCCGCCGCGAGCUCGUCUACUCGGAUGCAGUCCACACGGUCAACCUGGUGCAGUUCAUACGGACCCAGCUGCAGCGCGCUAUCCAGGCCCAAGGCGGCCAGGCUGGGAUACGGGAGUGGGUCGCAAAUGUCGAUCAGGAUGUGCUGAAGGCUUUUGGGGCGUUAAGGAUCCUGUAA